CAAAUGUUGAUCAAGCAGCAACAUCAGAUGGACACGCAUCUCGAUGCACAUCUUCAAGAUCCGACGGUCCAAAUGCCAUAGCCAUCACCAUUUUCCCUCCAACCGUCCUUCCCCUAAACCCUAAACCUCCGAAGCAGUCGUCCAUGGCGUCCUCCGCCGCACUCCGAGAACGCCAGCGAAUCCUGGUGAAACUCCUCUGUAAUCUCUCCCAUUCCCGAGCGAUGGGCGGCGGCCCCCGCACUUUCCCUGGCGGGCUCAACAAGUGGCAGUACAAGCGCAUGCAUGAGAAGAUGGCUCGCGAGAAGGAGCGCCACCUCCUCCAUCAGGAGAAGCAGUUAUACUUUGCCCGCCUCCGCUCAGAGAUUCGCGCCAAGAUUGGUGGAAAACAACCUCCGCCUUCCGACGAUGCCUCCGGCACCGGCCCCUAUGUCAUCAAGGACCACAUCAAAGCUCUUGCCGAUCGAUUCAUGAAGGCUGGAGCGGAGGACCUAUGGAACAAGGACGAUGGGCCGCUUUUUCUCCUCUUCUCAGCGCCCGCCCACUCGGCAGUCCGAUCGGGACGGGGCCCGCUCGAUUUGAGAAGCGGCAAUAUUCCGUGA